GAGAAAAAUACUUGAGCUGAUAAGUCGCAUAAUUCCGCUUCAAUUCCUCUUCAUGACUCGAUUUCUCAACGCCGGAACCCUAGCCGGAGCCUUGACGGCCUCGUCCUGCGGCCUCGUCAGCCGAUCUCGAGCCUCGGUCGUCCUCAACCUCCGCCGCUUCUCCAGCCGUCCCCAGAAGGUGCAGCUUUUUGAACUGGAGGUCGACGCGGAUGGUUCCUCGUCGGAGGUGGAGGUUCUGGGUAUGCGCCGACUCGAGGACGCCAUCCGUGCCAUUAUAGUCCGUAGAUCUGCUCCCGAUUGGCUUCCUUUUGUCCCUGGCUCCUCCUACUGGGUGCCGCCCCGCAGGCGCCACCACGGGCGCCACCGCGGGGUGGUGGAGUUCAUCAGCAGUCUCACCAAUCCAAUGACGGAUGAGGAGAUGAUGUCCUUCACUACCGCUCGUGGCUGGCCCUCUUCUGCCUAUUUUGUUGGAGGGCAUAUAGAUAUUGCUCAUUCCUAGAUGGCGAAAAUGCAAGGUGGAUGGACUUGGCAGAAUAAAUUUCUUAUUACUGUAACUAAUGCACUAAUGAAGAGCAUGAAUAACUUCGGUUAUAUUGUAUGGAUUUGGAAAAUAUAGUUCUAGUUUCUCUUGUUUUGCUGCCAUCAUAUGCAUGUUAGCUUACAAAAAUGUCGGAUCUUAAAUUCUGAAGUUUUCAAGUUUUGUAAAAUUGUCGUCCAUCUACAUGUUGGAUAAUUGAAUGUUUUCUUGAUUUAUAUAAAAACUGUGGGUCCACAUCUAAUUUCUCUUUUUACACUAAGCUCUCUCUUUUGUUUAUUAAUGCUAAAUUUCCCUUUUUAGUUUAUGCCGUUCAACAAUUAGUAUUACUGAAAGAGGUUUUUUUUUAUUACUUGGGAUUGUUUAUAUUCUACAACAACAAUCAAGUCUUAUCCUACUAGGUGUACUGUUUUUAUCUGAGUUUUAAUUUUAUUUAUAUUUCCAUUAUACUUUUAUUUGAAGUUUGUAUGAUGAAGCAUAUGUUAUCCUUUUUACCAUUUGGUAUAUUUUAGGUGUAGUAUAUAUACUUCUCUUAUCUAUGGGGAACACUGAAAGCUUUCUUUUGCUAUGCCAUCCAUGUGUGAGUUAAAUAUGUAGGGGGACGAAUGAUACAACAUCCGCAUAUGCGUUAAAUAUGGAGGAGGAUGAAUGAUACAACAUCCAUGUGUGAGUUAAAUAUGGAGGAGGAUGAAUGAUGCCACAAUAUCGAAACCAGACUAACAAACUGAUGUACAUGCUUCAUUGUUUCAAAUUUUAGCACUUGAAACUUGUUUAAAGUGAUUAACUUUUUAAGAUAAAUUUUAAUUAAAUUACAGAAGAAGUCAUGAUUUAACAUUCCUGGAAAUAUUUCUAUUCCAGAUACUGGUUUAGCCCUUUGAUUGAGCCAAUUAAUAUCCACCUAUGCUUUAAAAAUUAGUCCAAAGGCAAAAGCUCAUAGAUUGUUCGACUACUUUAAAAAAGACAAUAAAGUGAAGUCUUUAUUUACCAUAGAACUUGCCUUUG